GACUGACAAUGGUUGUGGACACUCUGGAAAGUGAAAGUGAGAAGAAGAGAAAACUCCUACCCUCCCAGUCCCAACGCCAAUCCCAAAAUGAUUUUCAUCUAUCUCUAUGUUCCUCUCAAUCAUUAGACAGUAGAUAGAUAGAGACUUACACUCUGUUUCCAGCCUUCCACUACUAUACAACUAUACAACUACCCAUUUUAUGCAAUUUGAUAAGGAAUCUCUCUCUCUCUCUCUCUCUCUCUUCGACACCGACGGUUACGUUGUUGGGGCGUUUCAUUUGACAACUGAGUCGGUUUUGCAGAAUUCUUGUGCCCAAGGUUCCAGCAUAAGAAACUCCCCAUUGUUUUCUGGUACCACAAUCUGCUCCCAUCAUGACCACCAAAUCCAAAUCUACUCAGCCGGUAACUCCCAACAACAGCAAGCCUAAGCCUUCACUUGGUGCAGCAGCAGCGCCUCGGGUUAGUAGAGUGAGCAGAGGGGCAGCUAAAUCUGAUGGUGAUGCAGCACCGACUCAAUUGCAACCUGCACGCUCUUCUGUUGAUAAGAAUUCAAGGCCUGUUACGUCGUUGAAGCCUGCUGUGGAUAGGCGGUCCCCUAAGCUCAGCAGCACCAGCACCCCUCCUGAUAAAAAGCCAACUCGAGUUUUGAAGCCAUCAGAGUUACAGGCAGAACUAAAUCUUGCUCAGGAUGAUCUUAAGAAGGCCAAGGAGAACUUGGCUUCAGUUGAGAAAGAGAAAGCUCAGGCUCUUGAUGACUUGAAGGAGGCCCAGAAAUUGGCAGAGGAAGCCAAUAAGAAGCUCAAGGAGGCCUUGAUGGCUCAGAAGCAGGCCGAAGAGAAUUCUGAGCUUGAAAAGUUCCGUGCCGUUGAGAUGGAGCAGGCAGGCAUUGAAACAGCUCAGAGAAAGGAAGAGGAAUGGCAGAAAGAGGUUGAAGCUGUGAGGAGCCAACACGCUUUAGACACGGCCGCUCUUCUCUCUGCCACGCAGGAACUUGAGCGGGUUAAGCAAGAACUUUCCGUGGCUUGUGGUGCAAAAAACCAGGCACUCAGCCAUGCCGAUGAUGCAGCUAAAAUUGCUGAGAUGCAAGUGGGGAAAGUGGAAACACUUUCGGCUGAAUUGGCCCAAGUCAAGUCUCUCCUUGAGUCAAAGCUCGAGACCGAGGCUAAUGAGAAGAACGAGCUAGUGGCGGAGCUGGAUCUUGAGAUAGAGGCACUGAAGAGAGAAGUUGAGAAAGCGAAGCAUUACGAGGAGAGGUUGGUGGAAAAAGAGGCCAUCCUAGAGCAACUUAAUGUAGACCUCGAGGCAGCAAAAAUGGCUGAAUCUUACGCGCAGAAUCUAGUGAAGGAAUGGAAGAAGAAGGUCGAGGACUUGGAGGUCCAGGCUGCAGAAGCACAUCGGCUAGAGAGGUCUGCUUCGGAGUCUUUGGAGUCAAUUAUGAAACAACUGGAAGAUAGCAAUGAUUUGCUGCACGAUGCAGAAUCCGAGAUUGAAUCUCUGAAAGAGAAGGUCGGCCUACUGGAGAUCUCCAUCGGCAGGCAGAAAGGAGACCUCGAGGAAUCAAAACGUCAUAUUAAGAUGGCUAAGGAGGAAGCUUCUGAUAUGGCAGAAAAGGUUGAGUCCCUUAGCUUUGAGAUUGAAACUAUAAAAGAGGAGAAAAUUCGGGCUUUAAAUAACGAAAAACUUGCAGCUGACAGUGUACAACAGCUGUUGGAAGAAAAAAACAAGCUUCUGGACGAAUUGGAAAACACGAGGGAAGAAGAAGAAAGAAGCAAGAAGGCAAUGGACAGUCUAGCAUCAGCCCUGCAUGAAGUUUCUUCAGAGGCUAGAGAAGCCAAAGAAAGGCUGUUGUCUGGUCAAGUUGAACAUGAAAAUUUCGAAACACAGAUGGAAGAUCUGAGGCUGGUUCUGAAAGCAACAAAUGAGAAGUAUGAGAACAUGCUCGAUGAUGCAAAACACGAAAUCGAUCUUCUAAGUGUGGCAGUUGAAGAAUCUAAGCUCAGUUUCCAGAACUUGAAGGCUGAGUGCGAGGAAAAAGAGAUGAAUUUGAUGAACAGCGUCAAAAGAAAUGAGGACGAGAAUUCUUCAAUGGAAAAAGAAAUAAGCAGACUGGAAAUUUUGCUAAAAGAAGCACAAGAAGAAGCUUGUGUAGCCAAGGACGAAGAAGCUAAUUUAAAGAAUUCCCUGAAGAAAGUUGAAUCUGAGGUCAAUCAUCUAAAGGAAGCUCUUGGGGAAACAAAGGCUGAGAGCAUGAAACUGAAGGAGUCCUUAAUGGACAAAGAGAACGAAAUGCAAAACAUUCUGCAGGUGAACGAGGAACUUCGAAGUAGAGAGGCAACCUCUUUGAAGAAAGCCGAGGAGUUGUCCAAGAUGCUUGAGGAAGCUUUGGCCACCAAUAAGCUAGCCGAAGAAAAUGGAGAGGAGCUUACAGACAGUGAAAAGGAUUAUGAUAUGCUCCCAAAGGUGGUGGAGUUUUCUGAACAAAAUGGCGGAAGAGAAGAAAAUCCUAAGAUGGAGAUCCCACAUCAAUCUCACCAUUUUGUUAUAAAAGAGUUUCAAGAAGUGAAUAACACUUGUGCUAAUGAAGACAAAGAAACUGAUAGAGCGGGAGGACUGGACGAAAAAGCUAAAGAAAAAGACGACACCGACUCUGUAGAGGCAGAUUUAAAAACAUGGGAGAGCUGCAAGAUUGAGGAGAAAGACUUCUCCCCAGAGGGAGAGGCAGAGCAUGAAGAGGAGUUGGAGUCAAAGACAGAGGUAGGAGAGAACCAUGACCAUCAAAAUGGGGUAUCUCCAACGGAAAACCACAACACUUCUCCAUCGAAACAGCAAAGCCAGAAGAAGAAGAAAGCCUUGCUAGGCAAAUUCGGAAGCCUGCUUAAGAAGAAGGGCACUAGCAACCAGAAGCAAUAGACCCUACCUAUCACUUUUAUACCAACGUACAGAUCAUAUGUUGAACUAGUACUGAAUUUGUUUUCUUUAAAAUUCUUUUUGCUUCUUCAUUCUUUUGUUUUCCAAUAGGAGUUAAAAAUACAUUAAAAAAAACAAGGUAUGUACCCGUCUUUAGUUAUCCUUUCCCCGUGUUGGGUCGUCUCUUCUCUACUUGUGAUGUUAUGUCAAGUUGGGAAGCAUCCUUCA